AUGGAUGAAUCAAUGAGGCGUGCAUUUACACAAGCGCUGCACAAUAACGUUGCCAGAUCGCAGAGCUCGCACAAUUCUAUGCAGGCAAAUGCAGAGUCAUCGCAACCCUCAGGACAAGCAGAGCACCGCACCUUCCAUCCUAACCAGCAUACUUCGAGUUCACGCAUAUUCACACCGCUACCAUUAUCAUCAACCAUUCCAUCACAUGCACCAGCUUUCACGCCCCCUCAGCAUAUGCUUCAAGGAAAUACGAUAAUCAAUCCUUGCACACCAUCUCCAAGACCUCAUCUGGAAGCGUCGACAUUGCAGCAUGUAUACCAGCCUGCGCAACAGCAGAUGAGUCCUAGCACAAGCCAUUCAUCGCAUCUCAAUAACACCAAUCAACAUAUGUAUCAGCCAUCGCGACUGCGCCCUGGCGCACCUCAUGGUCAAUCUGGUCGUGGUCUGUUUCAACCUCGCCAACACCCUUAUGCGGCAUCGCAUUCUCGUCCUUCUCAAUACCCAUCACCCCACUAUCCACAGGCUACUUUCUCAGCUUUGUCGCCUGGCGACAUCAGUUCCACGCCGCCCAGUCGUUCUGACACUCCAGCACAGAACCAUUCUCCUGCUGUCUCGCAGAUUCAGACAGAUAUCAGCCAGGAGUUUUUGCGUUAUCUUCAUAAAUUUGAGCAGACUCAAGCCCGCAACACAUCGCAACCACAAGACCAGAUUGAUUCGCAGACGAUGUUGUCCGGUGGCACGGUGAACAGUCCAGUUCAGCUUCAUGUUCAUCACGCGCCACAGAGCUCGUCAGUCGGUAUUUCGCCAUCAUCAGCUUCCCGAGUCCAGAGUCCUGCGCAAUCAUAUGGUAGAAUCCAGCCUCCCAGCACACCACAGGCUCCGCUGUCUAGCAAGCCGAUGCCCCAGAAUCUUAUUCAGACGUCGACAUGUCUUUCCUCUAAGACUCCAAUCCCCUCACAGGGCAGAACACAGCCACCUAUGCAGGGUACACCACGAACUCCGCACCCCGUCAUCUUUACACCCUCGCGUCCGCCUCCAGCACCGAAACAGCCAUCUCCUCGUAUCUGGUGUCCGGAUCUUCGAACCGCGACAUACCCUUCUCUUCCGCUUCAGGCGCAACCCGAAGAAGAAUCUAGCCACCCUCACCAAGCGACACUGGUCGGCAAGACUCAAGAGCGCGCUCUGGCAAACAUUCGUCCUCAAGUUUUCAUCGAUUGCCUCACCAUGGAUCACAACGCUUGUUUCAAGCCCAAAGUGGCAAGAGUGUUUGACAUGCUCUUUAUGCAAGCCCUGCUGUUUCACAAGGAUAAUGUCUUUCUCGUCAGUGCCAAAGAACUGCAAACUCCGUGCUGGGAGCCCCCGCAGAGCAUCUGGCAUGCAUGCGAUCUGCACAGACCAGAGGUAGUGUCGCCCGUGCAGGUCGAAAGCCACAUCUACAAAGCUUUGAACCUGUCCUCCGAUCUCAUGCCAGACGAGGUCGUCUACUGUACCAACCAUGGACGCCAUGAUUCUGCAGUCAAUCUUGUCCAAACCAACGGCAGACUCACUUAUGGAUGGUCAGUCGCUCUCUUAUUCGAACUCAAGAACGGUACAUACGCUUCUAGGAUCAGAAGUAUCAGCCCGGAUUUGAACGUUGGAUUCUUUAGUGAGAACAAGGUCCAGGGUCUCAACAUGGAUCCUGUUUGGAAGGCAAAGGUGCUGGAAAUAUAUAAGUUGAGAAAGGAAGCAUAG